AUGUUCUCAGGACCAAAGCAUGAAGAAAGUGGAAAGCAGUGGCUCUUUUCCCAGCUCGAGUAUCAGCAGGAAGGUGAAAAUGAGACUCCUGGGAGAGUUGGCUCUCAAGGUUCUGAUUUAGAUUCAUCUGCAACUCCUAUAAACACAGUGGAUGUCAAUAAUGAAAGCUCUUCAGAGGGCUUCAUAUGUCCCCAGUGUAUGAAAUCUCUUGGAUCUGCUGAUGAGCUCUUCAAACAUUACCAGGCAGUUCAUGACGCUGGCAGCGAUGCGAGUCAUGGAGAGGCCGAGCUUGCUCUGAAACGAGAUGAUAUAACAUUACUCCGGCAAGAAGUCCAAGACCUACAGGCUUCACUUAAGGAAGAAAAAUGGUACUCAGAAGAAUUAAAGAAAGAAUUAGAAAAGUAUCAAGGGCUGCAGCAACAAGAGGCUAAGCCUGAUGGUUUGGUGGCUGAUUCAGCAGAACUCCAGUCUUUGGAACAACAGUUAGAGGAAGCCCAGACAGAAAAUUUUAAUAUUAAGCAAAUGAAAGAUUUAUUUGAACAGAAAGCUGCCCAACUUGCUACUGAAAUUGCAGAUGUCAAGUCAAAAUAUGAUGAAGAAAGGAGUCUACGGGAAACCGCUGAACAAAAGGUGACACAGUUGACAGAUGAAUUAAACAGAGGAGCAACUGUAAUUCAAGAUCUGAAGACUGAACUGCUUCAGAGGCCUGGUAUAGAAGAUGUUGCUGUGCUAAAGAAAGAACUGGUCCAGGUUCAAACACUGAUGGAUAAUAUGACCUUGGAGCGUGAGAGAGAAUCUGAGAAACUCAAAGAUGAGUGCAAGAAGCUACAAGCCGAACAUGCCAACUCAGAGGCCACAAUAAACCAGCUAAGGAGUGAACUUGCCAAAGGCCCUCAGGAAGUUGCUGUGUAUGUGCAGGAAGUACAGAAGCUUAAAAGCUCACUUAAUGAACUAACACACAAAAAUCAGAACUUGAUGGAAAAGUUGCUGAAGAAAGAACUGGAUUAUACCCAGCUAGAGGAAAAGCACAGUGAAGAAUCUGUGAGUAAAAAGAGCAUACAAGCAAGCCUGCAUCAGAAGGACCUUGACUGUCAGCAGCUGCAGGCAAGACUGGCUGCAUCUGAAACCGCCCUGCAGAGGGUGCAGGCAGAGCUCAGUGAAAAGGGAGAGGCCGCCCAGAAACUCAAAGAAGAGCUGUCUGACGUGGAGACCACGCACCAGCACCUAAAGGCAGAGUUCAAGCAACUGCAGCAGCAGAGAGAAGAGAAGGAGCAGCAUGCGCUGCAGCUCCAAAGUGAGGUCCACCAAUUACAUAGCAAGCUUUUGGAGGCAGAACGCCAGCUUGGAGAAGCUCAUGGUCGGCUGAAGGAGCAGAGACAGCUUUCAAGUGAAAAAUUGAUGGAUAAAGAACAGCAGGUAGCUGACCUACAGCUCAAACUUUCUCGUUUGGAAGAACAGUUGAAGGAAAAAGUAACAAAUUCCACGGAGUUACAGCAUCAAUUAGAUAAAACAAAACAACAGCAUCAAGAACAACAAGCUCUUCAACAAAGCACUACAGCAAAACUACGAGAAGCUCAGAAUGAUUUGGAGCAAGUCCUACGUCAAAUUGGUGACAAGGACCAAAAGAUACAGAACCUUGAAGCCUUAUUACAGAAGAGUAAAGAAAACAUUUCAUUACUAGAAAAGGAAAGAGAGGAUCUUUAUGCCAAAAUCCAGGCUGGUGAAGGAGAGACUGCUGUUCUUAACCAGCUGCAAGAAAAAAAUCAUACACUGCAGGAACAAGUAACUCAGUUAACAGAGAAGCUGAAGAAUCAGUCAGAAAGCCAUAAGCAAGCCCAGGAGAAUUUGCAUGACCAGGUACAGGAGCAGAAGGCGCAUCUCAGAGCGGCACAAGACCGGGUCCUUGCCCUGGAAACCACGGUCAGUGAACUGAACAGUCAGUUAAAUGAAAGCAAGGAGAAGGUCUCCCAGCUUGACCUACAGGAGUUAAAUAAAAUCAUUACACAGUUGGAUCAGGUCACUGCAAAGUUACAAGAUAAGCAGGAGCAUUGCAGUCAGUUGGAGAGUCAUCUGAAGGAGUAUAAAGAGAAACACCUUUCUUUAGAACAAAAAAUGGAAGCACUACAAGGUCAAGUUAAGAAACUAGAAGCUGAAACUCUUGAAGUCAAAGCGAGCAAGGAGCAAGCUUUACAGGACCUGCAGCAGCGGAGAGAGCUGAGCACGGGCUUGGAGCUGAGGACCAAGGAGCUGAGCAAGCAGCUCGAAACGCAGAAGGAAAUAGUAUCCAGUACAAAAUUGGAUCUGCUGAAAAAAUCUGAAACCCUUGAAACUACAAAACAAAUGCUUACCAAGCAAGAGGAGGAAAAUGCUGUCCUGAAACAAGAAAUUGACAAGUUAAGUCAAGAUGCAAAGAUGCAGCAAGAGGAACUGAGUAACAGAAUUCAAACAGCACAAACAGAGCUGAAGGAAGUGAAAGUGGAGAAAGAAACGCUAAUGACUGAACUUUCUGCAGCAAAAGACAAAUUAUCAAAAGUAUCUGAUGCUUUGAAAAACUCCAAAAGUGAAUUUGAAAAGGAGAACCAGAAAGGAAAGGCUGCUAUAUUAGAUUUGGAAAAAACUUGCAAAGAACUAAAGCAUCAACUUCAGGUACAGACAGAAAGUACACAAAGGGAACAGAAUGAACUGAAGAAGUCACUUGAAAAAGAGAAGGAGGCUUCUCAUCAGUUGACUUUGGAACUCAGUUCAAUUAAGGAACAAGGUGUACAGGCCCAAAGUACUUUAAAACAAAAGGAGAAAGAACAGAAACAACUUCAAGGCAACAUAAAAGAGCUAAAGCAAUUGACUGAACAGAAGAAAAAGCAAAUAGAAGCACUACAGAGAGAAGUUGAAACUGCUCUUUCACAGAAGGCAGAGCUUCAAAAUAAACUACAGCAACAGUCAGCGCAGGCAGCCCAGGAGCUUGCAGCAGAGAAAGAGAAGGUGUCUGGGUUACAGGAUUCCUAUGAAAAGUGCCAGGAGAAUCUGAAACAGCUUCAGUCUGACUUGUACGGGAAGGAAUCUGAACUUCUAGCCACGAGGCAAGAUCUGAAGUCUGUAGAAGAGAAGCUUUCUCUAGCACAGGAGGACUUGAUUUCAAACCGAAAUCAAAUUGGAAACCAAAAUAAAAUGAUUCAAGAACUAAAGACGGCCAAAGCUACAAUGGAGAAGGAUUCAGCAAAGAAAGAGCAACAGUUGAAGGAACAGAGUAAAACACUACAAGAUGUGCAAAAAGAAAAGUCAAUGAAAGAAAAAGAACUAGUCAAUGAAAAAUCUAAACUGGCAGAAAUAGAGGAAAUUAAGUGUAGACAAGAAAAACAAAUCACUAAAUUAUCUGAAGAACUGAAGUCCCACAAGCAAGAAAGUAUGAAGGAGAUAACAAAUCUCAAGGAUUCCAAACAGCUUUUGAUUCAACAGAAGUUAGAACUUCAAGGAAAAGUAGAUUCCUUGAAGGCUGCUGUGGAGCAGGAGAUGAGAAAUCAGCAGAUGCUGAAGGAGCAGCUGACAAGGGAAGGAGACGAGCUGAAGAAAGCAUUUAGUGAGAAAGAAGCUAAGCUGCAUUCUGAAAUAAAAGAGAAGGAAGCAGGAAUGAAGAAACACGAAGAAAAUGAGACUAAGCUUACCAUGCAGAUUACAGCGCUGAAUGAAAAUUUAGGCACGGUGAAGAAGGAGUGGCAGUCUAGUCAGCGGAGAACUACUGAGCUUGAGAAGCAAACGGAUGACUUACGGGGUGAAAUUGCCGUCCUAGAGGCCACGGUGCAGAACAAUCAAGAUGAGAGGAGAGCGCUGCUAGAAAGAUGUCUUAAAGGAGAAGGUGAAAUAGAAAAGCUUCAGACCAAAGUACUAGAGUUGCAAAGAAAGCUGGAUAAUACGACUGCAGCCGUGCAGGAGCUAGGCAGGGAGAACCAGUCCCUGCAGAUCAAGCACACGCAAGCGCUGAACAGGAAGUGGGCGGAGGACAAUGAGGUGCAGAACUGCAUGGCCUGCGGGAAGGGCUUUUCAGUCACAGUGAGACGGCAUCACUGCCGCCAGUGUGGGAACAUCUUCUGUGCUGAAUGUUCAGCCAAGAAUGCCUUAACACCUUCCUCCAAAAAGCCUGUCCGCGUCUGUGACACGUGCUUCAAUGACUUGCAGGGAUAGCGGCGGGUGCAGCAUCACGGCUGCGUUACACUACGUUAGGUUUUAAUACCUGUGUUUGGUAGAGGUCUUGGACAGUUUGGUUUGGACUCUGGAUGCAGUUCUAGACCAAAUUAGAGUUCAUAUAUUUUGGAAUGUUGUCAAUACCAAGUAAAAGUCUUCUAUUUUUGUGAGACUUGGAUUCAUCUUCAUUACCUUUUUCCAUUUAACCCCAGCAUUAGUUUUCAUGCCAACUUUAGACUUAGUCAAUGAAAUGUAAAUAAACUUUGGACAGAAAAUAGCAAUGUAUUUUUUUAAAUAUAAUUUCAUUGUUCACAAAUAAUAUAAUUCCAUAGCUUCUUUCUUCCAAAUUAUAUGUAGAAAAAUGAACAUGGAUGUUAUCACCUGUUUUUGUUGCACAAUAAUAUUAAUUAUAUGAGAUACCCUCUUUGUGGAAUCACGCACAGGACUGUAACACUUUGUUUUUCUCUUCCGUAAUAGGUGUGUAGCUCAGUUAUGUUGUUUUGUUACAAAUUUGCUAUUUGGGCAUUCUAAGUAUAGUUUAUGUUUAAAUAUAUAUUAAUCGUGAACUCAAACAUGGCUUUUGUUCUAACAGUAUUGAUUAAAUUCUGGAGUACAUUUUAAAAAAUCCUCUAUAAAAUCAGUUUGCUUAAUUUGUGGUAACCCCGGGGUUAUGUUUCAGAGAUUAGGAUUAAUUUUUCUUUGUGUCUUUUUUAUGUCAAUUUUAAACUUCCACAUAUUGUCCAUUAAAAACCCCAUAACC